AUGAAAAAGGAUGUAUGUUUGCGUCUUACAACCCGCAAAAACAAGCCACUGUCUGAAGAACAAGCUAGGGGAAUUCGUCCAGAUAUCGAGGAGUUGCUUACUAGAGAGCGAUUAGAUGGAUUUGAGAAGCGAUUGGAGGAGCGUGAGGCUUUGCUAAAACAAAAGGAGAAUAAUAUUAAGAUUACUAUUGAGGCUCAGAUUGGUGAGAAACGUAAGCGUCUAAAAGAUGAAUAUGAUGCACUUAAGCUUCGCCUAGAGACAUCAGCUAGAAGACCUCGCUCUGCCGAGUUAGAGAAGCAAUACAAAUCUCGCAUCUCUACAUUAGAAAAAGCUAUGGUUGAGAAAGAUAGAGAAGUUGGAAAAUUAUCCUCAGCUGUUUUUCAGGCCAAGAAGGAUAAGAAUGAUUUGAAAAAAAGUCUCUCAUCCGCUAAAAAAACUAUUAAGUUAUUGGAUGAUAUUAUUUUUGCCAAGGACCAAACAAUAAUUGCCUAUAAUAGAUGA